AUGACUCCACCCAGGAAGACACUGCAGGUAACACUAGGAGAAGCACAAGCUCUUGGGUCAUGGUUCCCUCCUCUCACCAUUGCCAUGAUCACUCUGGGACUGCAGUGGCCACAGCAAGCUGCCGCCUUCCCGGCCAUACCCCUUUCCAGCCUGUUUACCAAUGCUGUGCUGAGGGCUCAGCACCUUCACCUCCUGGCUGCCGAGACAUACAAGGAGUUUGAACGCACCUAUAUUCCAGAGGACCAAAGACACACAAACAAGAAUUCCCAGGUAGCCUUUUGUUACUCGGAAGCCAUCCCUGCUCCCGUGAAGAAGGAUGAUGCUCAGCAGAAAUCAGACAUUGAGCUUCUUCAGUUUUCCCUGGUUCUCAUCCAGUCCUGGCUGACCCCGGUGCAGUACCUAAGCAAGAUGUUCACAAACAAUCUGGUUUUUGGCACCUCAGACAGAGUGUACGAAAAACUAAAGGACCUGGAAGAAGGCAUCCAAGCUCUGAUGAGGGAGCUGCAGGACCGAAGCUUCCGGGGUCCCCAGAUCCUGAAAGCCACUUACGAGAAAUUUGACAUCCACCUGCGCAGUGAGGACGCGCUGCUGCAGAACUACGGCUUGCUCUCCUGCUUCAAGAAGGACCUGCACAAAGUGGAGACUUACCUGAAAGUGAUGAAGUGCCGGCGCUACGGAGAGGGGAACUGCACCAUUUGACACUGGUGACAGUUCUGUUCCUGCUCCAGCCUCUUGCUGACCGUGGCUGCCCUACUCCUCUGAAAGAAAAUUGGAGAAUAAAC